GUAUAUACCAUCUGUCUUAUUUGGCAUGAACUGUUACCGUCAUGAGGAUGCCGUGACAAACUUUUCAGUAUUGAAUCCCAUGCUUCACUCUCAUACUUCCUCGACACCAACAACAGCAACACCAACAACAGUCAAUGAUAGUAGUCAUAGUAGCCACGACAACAGCAAUAACAACAACAGUAGUAGUAGUAACAACAACAAUAAACCUGCUUAUACAAAUACUUUUGUCCAUAAACUCUUCAACAUGGUAAUAGAUGAACAGUAUCAACAUCUGAUCAGUUGGAGUUACACCAGCACAUCAUUUAUUGUAUGCAACAUUAUGGAGUUCUCAAAAGACGUCUUACCGAAACAUUUCAAGCAUAGCAAUUUCUCCAGUUUUGUUCGGCAACUCAAUAUGUAUGGUUUUCACAAAGUCAACAAGUCGCCACGAGGGCACCGAACGUUAGCAGAAAAUCAAAUUUGGGAAUUCUCACAUUCAAAAUUCAUACGUAAUCGACCAGAUCUCUUGGAAGAAAUCAAAAGGAAGGCAAUGGAAACUGACACUCGAAAUCAAGGGGAUUUUCAAGCUCACCUCACUAUGCUGCAAAUGUCUCAAUCUGACAUGAUUCAACAGAUCAAUCGUUUAUUCGAUAAUUUUCACCAGGUGGUCAACGAAUUGUCAGAUGCUAAAAGGAAACAAGAUUCUCAAUCCCUUGUCAUCAAACAAAUAUUACGUUAUAUAUCACAACAGAAUGGAGGCAACUACUUAUUAUAUCUUUUUAAUUUAGGUCAUUUACCCCUAGAACUUGAUGGAUUAUCAUUGGAUAUAAAAGACAGCAUUAGCAGUAAAAUCACACCAUCUAUAUAUAUCACUUCGCAUGAAUCUCUUACUACAUCCACAAACAACAAUGAUAACAAUAACAACAUUUCCAACAUUCCAUCUCAACAAUCAUUUCAUCAACAUCAACAUCAAAACUUGCCUUCUUCGCCAUUAACCGUUCGUACUCAAAACUUAUCAUCUCAUUCUUCUCCUUCUCAUCAUCACCGUCCACAACAACAAUAUCAUCAAUACAAUCAUACCCAUUCACCUGUUGGAGGUCUUAAUCCUCUAUCCGCCACAUUCGCUACCUCGAUUUCUUCUACACCAACAACAUUGAUAGCUUCUGAUGAUGAUACCUCUCUUUAUUCACCACAUACACCAAGAGAUUCUUCAAAUCAUAGUGGCACUGGACAUACACAACAGGAAAUAAUGCUCCUUCAUGAUAGCAAGUGAUCUUUAUCCAACAAGUGUUUAAUUAGUUAAUAGUUUGGUAGUUUUAUUUUUAUCGAUCUUUUUUUUUUUUUU